UUUCUUUUCCGAGAAACAACAAACGAAGCAACAUCCUUGUCGAACAUCGCCCCGUUGGCCGAAAUGGCAAAGUAGAAGUGCGCCGCGUCCCCGCCGCCAACAAAACAGUGCAUCCAGCCAGUGCACUGCUCCACUUUCUAACCAGAAACAUGUCGUCCUUCGUGGAAACCCUCACCGCUGCUGCAUUCCACAGCAAAAAAGAGUUCGAAGCUAUCCUGCCCUCGUCGCACACUCCUUUUGUGACCAACAACAGCCACUAUGACCAUGAUGACGACAAACUCACAGUUUGGCCUGGAAGACAUGGAGGCCCUUCUCUGGGGACCUUCCUCUCCCAUGGUUGACGCCAUGGGCUUCUUGACUUCGCGCCCUGACCAAGAAGAACAACAGAACGGAGGAGGAACCUCGUUGGAGGGCGACACCUCCUCUUUGUCGCCCCUCACCACCUCAUCUCUGUCCUCUUCCUCCUCUCCCGCCCCCUUCUACUCUCCACCUCCCUCGCCGCCGGCCGUCCUCCUCCAGGGGGACAAAGCUGGGUUGCAGUCUGACCUGCUCUCCCUCCCCUGGUUGGGCCACCCUAGUCAGCUGAGACCGGCCGUCUCAGAUGACACCAAAGAUGUGUUCGGGGACCUGGACUGGAUGGCUGAGAGGAUGGAUCUCUCAGAGUUUGACCUGGACUCUCUGAUUGGCUCGUGCAGUCCUAAUGAGGAGUCCCCCGGCUGUCCAGAAGAACUCCUGGCCUCCCUGGAUUGCCCCAUGGAGCUAGACUCCCUCUCAAUACCCACUCUCUCAACUCCUUCACUCUCGAUUCCUCCCUCCAUUUGUCUUCCAAGUAUUCCUCCCCCGACUCCUCCCACGGUCUCAGGUGAUCGUGUCAUUGCAGUGGAUGCGCCCGAAUCCUGCGCUGAGGAGCAGGAGGGUCCCUGGGUUCCCCUGUGUGUCCCGGAGCCAGAACAGGAGCUGGAAAUCAAAUCUGAGCCCACUUCUUCGCACCCCCCUCCCCCCUCGGUGGAUUCUCCCUCCUCCCCGGCCUACACCCUGGACCUGGGCAGCGAGGUGGACGUCACGGAGAGCGAGGCGAAGCCAGUGGUCGCUUCUGUCGUCUCCCAAGCCCCGAGGAUCGUGCUCUCCCUCUCACCCACCCGCAUUGUCCUGGUGCUCGCUCCCAGAGAGGAAGUCGGGAUCCCCACUGUAACCACCGCGUCGCAAAUCGUUCAUUCCUCCCCUGCUCCAAAGCCCUCAAGAAGCAGACCUUACCCCGAGCCCACUCACAAAGCCAGUCCACCGUCUCCCUGCGCCUCCGCUGGCAAAAUAAAGCCCCCCCGGGAUGCAGACGGAAAUGAAAGGGCAACUUCGAAGACCCCGAAAGCCAAGAAACUGAAGAAGAUGGCGCAGAACAAGACGGCCGCCACGCGAUACCGGCAGAAGAAGAAAGCCGAGCAGGACACUCUCCUGGACGAGUAUUCUCUGCUGGAGAGGAAGAACAUGGAGCUAACGGAAAAGGCUGAUUCCUUGGGCCGGGAGAUUAAGUACCUGAAGGAGCUGAUGGAGGAGGUCAGCCAGGCCAGGACGAAGAAAGGUCUCAUUGCUGACCCCUAGAGGUCGGACCUAAAAACCACAUCUGCUCUGUAUAAUUGGGAGAAAGUCAGCUCAGCAGAUUUUAUUUCUUAAAUUCAUGUAAAGGAUGUGUUCUGUCCACACAGCAAGACUGCGAUUUCAGAAUACCUCCUUUUACAAAACUAGUAAAAAAUAUAGAAAACUUUUAUCAUGUUUAGAGGGUUUAUAUGGAAACAAGUAUUUUUCAAUUCAGUAUAUAAACUUGUUUUUAUUUUUAUUGUGCGUAAAUGUUUUCCAUCUCUGGAUCUGAGUAACUUGCCAGUAAGAUGUGUUUUAAUAAUUGUGUAUUGUAGUGAAACUGGACCAUCUGUAUUAUCUCUUAAUAAAGAGUCUUAAAUGAG